AUUGUUUGUUUUCACCAAGAACGGUUGUAGUUUGUGUGUAAAUAUGAGUCUCAUUGGAUGUAUUUUGUAGUGAUAUUCUUCAGUGACUGAUAAAAGUGUUAGUGCAUACUGUUUUUAGUUAUAUUCAGUCUAUUGAGGAUGGACAAAGACGUUUCCAAAGGUAUGAAAUCAAUGAGCACAGUUAGAAAGAGGGAACUUGUGGUGGUUAAUGAUGAAGAUGAACUGAUGAUGACCUAUGGGAGAGUUAAAAAGAGACAACUUGUUGUUGCUGAUGAUGCCAUCAGCAAGAGUUAUAGGUUUAAGAUCCUAUUACCAAAUGGGACAAGUAUAGGGUUAGCCAUUCAUGACCCUAUAGAUGAAAUGCCCAUUGCAGACUUCCUUGGUUUAGUGAAAGAUGAGUAUCAUCGAUUGUCCACCUUGAAGAAACAGAGAAGGCCUAUAAAUUGGAGAGAUGGAUGUAUAUUUCUAGAGGAUGCAAAUGACAAUAAGAUAAGAAAUAUGAUCAAGUUCACAAACUUCACGCCACACAAAUCCCACAUAUUGCGGCUCUAUGAUGGGUCUGCUGAGGUUGCUGAAACUUUUGAGAAUAUGUGGGAUUUGACUCCCCACACUGAAUUAUUAACAGAGCUACCUGAGGAAUACACUUUUGAAACUGCACUUGCAGAUUUGAUAGAUAAUUCCCUGCAGGCAGUAUGGUCUAAUGGUGCAAAUGAUAGGAGACUGAUCAGUGUGGAUAUCCUCAAGAAUAGGAUUUCAAUAUAUGACUCUGGUCCUGGAAUGGAUAGUAGUGACGAGAAAUCUAUAGUGAACUGGGGCAAGAUGGGUGCUUCACUUCACAGAUCAUCAAAGAGGAUGGCUAUAGGUGGAAAGCCUCCAUACCUGAUGCCCUUUUUUGGCAUGUUUGGAUACUGA